GUUUGUAUUGUUCGUUAGCCUAGCUCGUUAGCCUAGCCGUGAAGCUAAGCUAACGAGCUAUAGAAAGGCGUGAAGCUUCUGUCGCGUCAACCGUGCGCGUGCCGCCUUUGAGUCGUUUCUGCGUAUUAACUACAUGACAUUACUUUGAUUACACGUGGGUCCAUUGGUGGAUAAACGGGCUCUUUGCGAGGCCCGGCGGCGGGAGACCGCGUUCGCGCUGCCGCUGUCCUUCCCCGCUAUCGUCGGUACCCGUUAACUUCACAUCAUGUACCGGCGUCCUCGUGCUGCGGUGUUUAGCGAGCUACGCGUCAGUAGAACCUGUACUUCAGGUGUGUGACUGACGUCUGUUCUCCUGCAGGUUGACCGGAUGGAGAUCGCCUCGUGUGCUUGAACCCGCCUCCAGCCACCAUGUCAAAACGACCAUCCUACGCCCCCCCUCCUCCCCCCGCCCCAACAACACAAUUGCCUUCCACCCCCGGGUUUGUGGGCUACAACCCGUACAGCCAUCUGGCCUACAACAACCUGCGGCUGGGAGGGAGCUCCGGAGGCUCCAGCAGGAACUCCUCCGGCAUCACCGUCCCAAAGCCCCCCAAACCUCCAGACAAGCCCCUGAUGCCUUACAUGCGGUACAGCCGGAAGGUAAGCAGGAAGGUAUGGGACCAGGUGAAGGCAUCCAACCCGGACCUGAAGCUGUGGGAGAUCGGAAAGAUUAUCGGAGGGAUGUGGAGAGACCUGACGGAUGAGGAGAAACAAGACUACCUGAACGAGUACGAAGCUGAGAAGAUCGAGUACAACGAUUCUCUGAAGGCCUACCACAACUCACCGGCCUACCUGGCCUACGUCAACGCUAAGAACCGGGCCGAGGCUGCCAUGGAGGAGGAGAGCCGGCAGAGGCAGAGCCGCAUGGACAAAGGGGAGCCGUACAUGAGCAUUCAGCCCGCCGAGGACCCCGAUGACUACGACGAUGGAUUUUCAGUGAAGCACACAGCAGCCGCUCGCUUCCAGAGGAACCACCGGCUCAUCAGCGACAUCCUCAGUGAGAUCGUGGUGCCCGAUGUGCGCUCGGUGGUCACCACAGCCCGCAUGCAGGUCCUCAAGAGGCAGGUCCAGUCCCUAAUGGUGCACCAGAGGAAGCUGGAGGCAGAACUUCUGCAGAUUGAGGAUCGGCACCAGGACAAGAAGAGACGCUUCCUGGAGACCACUGACUCGUUCAACACUGAACUCAAGCGGCUCUGCGGCCAGAAGGUGGAGGUGGACAUGGAGAAGCUGGCAUCCGAGAUGGCCGCUGCCGAGGAGGCGGCCAGGCGGCGGGCGGAGGACAGGGAGCGGGAGGCAGUGGAGCAGGCGGAGAAAGCUGCUCAGCAGCAGCAGGAGGCAGCUGGGAGCAAAGCUGCAGAGCAGGGCGGAGUCAAUGCUAGCAGCGCGGCUAGCAGCGCCGCCAACCCCACCUCAGGAGCCACGGAGGAGGACACGCCCACACCAAUGGAGACGGAUGAGGUGGCACCUACAGAACCCUCGCCAGACCCCCAACUGGCUCCUCCUGACCACGCCCCCUCUGCUUCCGAUAAACCGCCCCUCCCCGGAGGUGACAGGAGAGCAGCACUCCUGGCAGCAGCACUCCGAGUGAUGGACAGCAGGAACAGCAUGCCCCCCCCCUCCUCAGACAGCAACGCUGGAGCAGCAACACCCGACCCCCCCGCGGCUCAGGAAACCAACUCCAAUGCGGCUAACGCUAACGUGGCUGCAGCGCCUCCGCCUCCCUCAGAAGAAGCAGCCCCCCCAGCAGCACUGCGAUCCCCCAGCCAGAGCAGCCAGCCGUAUGAUGCAUAGACGCUACGGGGGGGGGGCUCUCAGCAGAUUGGUCCGUAGAUGGUUUACACCCUGGUGGGUCAUGAGGGGGCCGCUGUUGUCAAAGCAUUAAACACCACCUGGUGGUCGUUUCUAGGAUCUGCUCCGUCACCACGG